CAAAAACAUAUCAUUUUUGAUUUAUUAUUCAUUAUGACUUUAAGCAGUCCAACACAUUACAACAAAAUAAUCAAAAAUGACUAGAGAGCCGUCGGUCGCAGAGACUAUUGCCGUGAAGUCACAAGAGAACAACUUAUUGAAGCAAGAUAUUUUACUUGGGAAUCGCUUCAAAAUUAUUGGUAUUUCAUUGGGCUGUAUUAUCGAGCUGGGCAGUUACAUAAAACGAUUUCUCGGCUAUCUGAUCUUCAAAAUUAACGCGUUCUUUCAGCCCGAUAGGUACUUUAGCUAUGAUGAAGUUCCCCUUUCGCCGGAAAUGGAAGAGACAUUGGCCAACAUAUGUCGCAAGACUCUUGUUUUAGACUUAGAUGAGACAUUGAUACAUUCAUGCUACAACGAUCCGGACACGAAUGACAGUGUUGGUUGCAGUCAAGUUCCUGAUCGGGCAGUUCCUGACUAUAUGAUGACUGUCAAUAUCGAGGAGGCGAGUUCCAUCACUUUUCAAGUAUAUAAGCGACCGCAUGUCGAUGAAUUUUUGGAUUUUGUGUCCAAAUGGUACGAUUUGGUUAUAUAUACAGCCAGUCUAGAGGAAUAUGCCUCUGAGGUCGUGGACAGAUUGGACGCAGGGCGUGGCAUACUGCCUCGACGUUUCUACAGGCAGCACUGUCGUUCAAGUACGACCAUCCUUUGCAAGGACUUAAAUCUGGUGAAUGAAGAUUUGUGCAGCACCUUUAUUAUCGACAACUCUCCCAACGCCUAUAGAGACUUUCCUGAGAAUGCAAUACCCAUUAAGACCUACAUCUACGAUCCCAGUGACAAGGAACUUGCAAAACUACUUCCGUUUUUAGAUGCGCUUCGAUUUACCAAGGAUGUCAGAACAAUACUUGGUCGCCGCACACUAAUUUAAGCUAAGCUAUAUUCAAAUAUACAUAUGUAUAUAUAAAUAUUUACAUACAAAAUAGAAACAUCUCUUCAAUAAGAGUGACAGGACACCGGGUCCAUCUAA